ACACACCGUAUUCCAAUCUCAAAACAAUAUACAAGGUAAGACGGGGCAAAGAUAGCGAGAGGGAGCUGUUUAGGGUUUUGCAAAAGAGGAGUCGCUUUAGAUGGCUCUCCCUAAGGUUUUCUUCGACGUCACUGCUGACAACGAGCCCCUUGGCCGUAUCGUCAUGGAGCUCCGCUCCGACGUUGUCCCCAAGACUGCUGAGAACUUCCGUGCUCUCUGCACUGGCGAGAAGGGUUUCGGUUACGCCGGAUCCAGCUUCCACCGUGUCAUUCCCCAGUUCAUGUUGCAGGGUGGUGACUUCACCAACCACAACGGUACAGGUGGCAAGUCCAUCUACGGAAACAAGUUCGAGGACGAGAACUUCCAACUGAAGCACACCGGACCCGGUAUCCUCUCCAUGGCCAACGCCGGCCCCGGAACCAACGGCUCCCAGUUCUUCAUCUGCACUGUCCAGACCACCUGGUUGGACGGCAAGCACGUCGUUUUCGGCAAGGUCACCGAGGGUCUGGACGUUGUCCAGAAGAUCGAGUCUUUCGGCUCCCAGUCUGGAAAGACCAAGAAGAAGGUCGUCAUCGCCAAGUCCGGCCAAUUGUAAAUUUGAUCCCUUGAUAGAUCUGUAGUGCCUAUAGUAACCCGAAACUAAGUGUGCUAUUGUAUUUGAAUACAUGUGAUCAGCCAGA